AAUUAUAGUGAUUAAGAAAAAUCAUUAGUCGGAAGAACAAUUUGACCGGAAAUCUAUGGCGUCGGAAUCGGAGCAGAAAUCCGCCACAAUCAUCGACGGAAAAGCUAUAGCUCAGACCAUAAGAAAUGAAAUCGCAUCGGAAGUCUCCAUCCUCUCUCAGAAAUACGGCAAAGUUCCAGGACUAGCUGUAGUCAUUGUAGGAAACAGGAAAGACUCGCAGAGUUAUGUGAGUAUGAAGAGGAAAGCUUGUGCUGAAGUCGGGAUCAAAUCCUUUGACGUGGAUCUUCCCGAGCAAGUGUCUGAAUCGGAGUUGAUUGCUCGAGUCCACGAACUAAAUGCACAACAAGAUAUACAUGGUAUACUAGUUCAGCUUCCAUUGCCAAAACAUAUAAAUGAAGAGAAAAUUCUUGGAGAAAUCAGCAUUGAAAAGGAUGUAGAUGGUUUUCAUCCUCUCAACAUUGGUAAACUUGCAAUGAAAGGAAGAAAUCCUCUUUUCCUUCCUUGCACCCCCAAGGGAUGUAUUGAACUUCUAAGAAGAAGUGGCAUUACUAUGAAAGGAAAGAAGGCAGUUGUAGUUGGUAGAAGCAAUAUUGUCGGUUUGCCAGUCUCAUUACUACUUCUUAAAGAAGAUGCUACAGUCACCAUGGUUCACUCGCAUACUAUAGAUCCUGAAAACAUUAUCCGUGAAUCAGACAUUGUUAUUGCUGCAGCAGGUCAGGCAGCGAUGAUAAAGGGAAGCUGGAUAAAACCGGGGGCAGCAGUUAUCGAUGUUGGAACAAAUGCAGUUGAUGAUCCAACAAGAAAAACUGGGUAUAGGCUGGUGGGUGAUGUAGACUUCAAAGAAGCAAGCAAAGUUGCAGGAUUUAUAACUCCAGUUCCAGGAGGAGUUGGACCAAUGACAGUUGCAAUGCUACUAAAGAAUACUCUUGAUGGAGCCAAGAAAACCUUCGAGCAGUAGGUAAACUUGUAACCCUAAAAGCUGCUUUCACUUCUUAAUGCGCUCGGUUUCACUUCUAAACACUAAGAUUGUUGUGUAGAACUAUAAUAAGUUUCUUUUCUUUGGUGCAAAAUAAAAUCGGGUUAAGUUUUCUUU